AUGCCCCUCCGCCCUAUUACACCAGGAUACCUAUACCAAAUAGGCCCUGACAGAGAGUUCUUCCUUUUAGAUGAUGUACAGGAUGCCUAUAAUCCUGACUUCAGAUGGGGAUAUUGUCAUAGACCAAUCGAAGAUCCAAAUCCAGGCUGGAGACCACAGACCUGGCGCGACCUUGAGGACCCAACAGAGCCUAUCCUCGUUGCGCAUAUCAAAGAAGAUAUUCGAAAGGGUCUUGGUCCUCCAAAUCCUAUGCUUCCCUGGUCUAAGGUUAAUACCUUAGUAUGUCCAGUUAUUGUGGAAAGAGGUCAGCAAUGUGGCAUCACCUUCAAGGAUAACGGCAUGAUGAAUCGGCAUUUUCAUGAGCAACAUACUGGCUGCUUUUUACCACCAGAUACAGCAGCGAUAACAUCUAAGGAGAGGGCGGACUCACACAAAAUCCUCGCGCGUUAUAUGGUGAGUACCGACUGGCGUAACGCCCAUUUUCUUGCCGAACCCGGUCGCAGCCCAAUCGGGAGCGAUAUUGGUCAGUUCGCCGGCUCAUCUGGAAUUCAUCAAACUCUCGAUGGACUCAUCAAAAAAGCGCAAGUCAUAAGCGAUAGAGUUCUUUGA